GUGAAUUUUUGUUUAUUGCGUGUUGAUUGGCUCAAUUUGUGUGUUAAUUGCAAAUAGUUUAAUAGUUGUAUUGAAUUAGAAUGUUUUAAUUUUGUUGUUCAAUUAAAAGAAUUAUAAAAUGCACGCACAUUUGCGAAUAAUCUGCCUGCUAGGCCUACUUAAUGCAGUGCUGGCGCAGUACAAUCAGAUUGAGCAAAAGAACUGCCUUAUACCCAAAAUAUUGCAAGGAUCUUGGUUCUCGUGGGAAGUUGGCUUGCCCACACAAACAGUGAUCGAUGCCAACUCAAUGUCGAGGCGUGGUUAUUGCAUCCACUAUGAGAGACAUCGCGGCGACGAAUACUCCUUUGUAUUCAAGGAGCACUCGGCCAACUGUUAUCACUGUGUGCGCACAAUUAUACGCACGCUGAAUAUCUUCGAGAAGUUUGAAGGUCCUUGCGUGGGUUUGGCGCCUGGCAAGGAACCGACUGUGGAGAAUGUGUGCAAGGGCAUCAAGGACGAUCAACAGUUGAUUACGCUGUUCAAUGAGAACUAUGUGCCCAUCAACUGUCGCUCCUCGUUGGAAGGUGUUUGGCAUUUCACUUACCAAAAUCGUUUUCGUUUCACGGGCGUGUGUAACAAGCCAGAUGCACGUAUCAAGUCUUGCCAAACGGCGGGCACACAGUUUCUGAUACAGAAUCAAAAGUUCAACAUCACUUAUCAAAAGUGCGAGGGCAUGGAGGGGACCUUUACCGGCACCGUGGAGUUCAGCUGCCUUGGUGAUUGGUUCGUGGGCAAGAACCAUUAUUUCGCUGUGGCCAAUACUAAGGAAUCACGUAAGGAUGAGAAAUAUCGUUGCUUCCUCAAGAAUCGUGACGACGAUCUCUAUGUGGGCGUUUCCAUCACUGCCGAGUGUAAUACUCUGAAGACACCAGAAGCCUCGCCAGAACGUUUAAAGCUCACACCAGUUAAAGCUGAAUUUGUGGAACCCGGCUGUACAUUGCCACAGAACUUCUCCGGCGAUUGGGUCAACACGGCGAACAUCGAUGCCGAUGUAUCCAUCAGUGAAACACACAUCAAUGAAACCUAUUAUCCAGAUAAGGCACGUUAUCGCAAGACCAUUUAUGUGUGCCGUGAACGUCGUGGCAAUCGUGUGAUGAUGGCACGUCUAACUGUCGAUGGUUGCCAGAAGGAUUAUGUGUGCUUUGACUUUAUGCCCCGUCAUCAUAAUAUCAUACGCUACCGCAAGGGUUUGGCUGUCAUUAAGGAUGAUUUUAGUACUGUAUGCUCUUGGGUGCAAUUCCCGAAUGCAGAGGCAUGGAAAUAUGAUUUGUUCUUAGCCAAAACUCCUGUGCCUGUGCGUUGUCCAGUCGCUGGCAAGUUCAAUUUUACGCAACGCGGUGAACAUCCAUUCAAAACAAGGAUCCUUGGCGGUGUCACGUUGAGUCCACGUCCUGACAUUCACUGCAAGCAAAACAUUUCUGAUUUGUCCGUUUGCGAUACGGAUCAAAAGGAACUCGCUGUCGAUGAGAACUAUUGCCUCUCUGUGGAUCAUUUGGGUCGUCCUGUUGAUAUCUACAGUGAUCCCGAUUAUCGCAUGAAGUGCAUUGGCUUCUGGAAGGAGAAUUUGAAAUCGUAUUUGAUCACCUACGAUGAUCUAGAUCCGCUGUCCAAAUAUCGUUGCUGGGUCUAUCAACGUGCCGACUUGAAUCGAGUGCUCAUGUCCCAAGCUGUGGGAGCUUUUUGCAAGCUGAACCAGGACGUCACUUCGUGGAAUCAUUCAGAAGGUGCUGCAGUCGCCAUUGAUGCUGUGGAGUACGAACGUGAGCGUGACGAUUGUCCCAUGUAUUUCGAUGACGGUUUGAAUCCAUGGAAAAAUUCGGAUGCUUCAAACAUAGUAUUCGACUGGGAUUUCUACAAAGCUGGAGCUGAGCAGUUGGCAUCGGCUAUUAAUAUGUCAGUCCUGGCCAUUGGAAUGGCGUUUGUGCUCGUUCGGCAAUUAGUCGUUUACUAAGUGUAUUUUAAGUUAAGUCGUCCUGUCCCGUCUAUAGUGUCUUUCUAAAGUAAUUAUGUGCCUUUUUAGAAUGCAGGUUAGUUCGAAAUUUUUACACAAAUUUGCAAGCAUAAGAAAAAAGUGUUUAUUUUAUAAGUUGAGAGAAUAUUUACAUCUCUAUGAAUUCCAUACUACUUUUACAUUCCGUCCACAAACGAAUCUCAAAUGUUUUGUACAAACGAUUUAUGCAGCUAAAUAUAUAAAUAAACUAUAAAAUAUGUGUUUCA